AUGUCUGGAAGAGGAACAGGGGGAAAAGGAGGUAAAGGACUCGGGAAAGGAGGCGCCAAGCGGCACCGCAAAGUGUUGCGUGAUAACAUCCAGGGAAUCACCAAACCCGCAAUCCGGCGUCUCGCUCGCCGUGGCGGUGUCAAGCGGAUCUCCGGUCUGAUCUGUGAGGAGACUCGCGGUGUGUUGAAGGUGUUUCUGGAGAACGUUAUCCGUGAUGCCGUCACCUACACUGAACACGCCAAGAGAAAGACCGUCACUGCCAUGGACGUCGUGUACGCGCUGAAACGACAGGGACGAACUCUGUACGGCUUCGGUGGAUAA